CGGCGGCGUUGGGGCGGGGAGCGGCUCCUUUGUGGGCUCCGGGCCGGGCCCUGCGUUGGCCGCGCUCGCUGCCGUUGGUGCGCGCUCCCGGCCGGCGCCGCGCCCCCGCCUUCCUCUCCUCCCGCCCUCCCCGGACACCGAGGGGCGGGGCGGCGGCGCUCCGGCGGCAGCAGCAUCAACAGCAGCAGCGGCAGCGGCAGCAUGUCGUCCAGCAGGGCCAAGAAAGUGAAGAUGGCCACCAAGUCGUGCCCAGAGUGCGACCAGCAGGUUCCUGUUGCAUGUAAAUCGUGUCCCUGUGGCUACAUAUUUAUUAGUCGAAAACUCUUGCAUGCUAAACGUGCGGAGAGGUUGCCACCCAUUACAGAAAACAAGAGUGAGGCCAAAAGGAGACGGACAGAGAGAGUUAAGCGAGAGAAGAUAAAUUCUGCAGUAAAUAAAGACUUAGAAAACCGAAAGAGAUCAAGGUCUAACAGCCAUUCAGAUCAUAGCAGACGAGGAAGAGGAAGACCUAAGAGUGCCUCAGCCAAAAAGCACGAGGAAGAAAGAGAGAAACAAGAAAAAGAAGUUGACAUGUAUGCUAACCUUUCAGAUGAAAAGGCCUUCGUAUUUUCAGUGGCCUUGGCGGAAAUAAACAGAAAAAUUAUCAAUCAAAGACUUAUUCUGUAACUUGUAAGCACAAUCUGAUGCAUUUAUAUACGGAAUGGCUAUAGCAUAUUUCCAAGGUGUCAUGAACUCUCGGAAAGCAUGUUGUCUGCGCCAAUAAGGACCAUAGUAUUUCCUGUUAAAAUUCUGCUGCUGUUUUUGGAAAUCACAUUCUGUCUCUGCAAGUGAGAAAGGAAGUGUUCUCAAGAUUGUGCUAUGGAAAUCAGAAAGCAGAAGUGUUUUAUGCCUUGAAGACAAAUAUUAGACAAAUGCUCAGAGAGACUGCACCCAUGCUAGAGCACUUCUUUUAGAUUUGCUGCCAGAAAUGCAAUAUUUUAAAUAUUUUCAGAAAGAAAUGAUUUUCCUUUAAAAUCGUAUAUUUCAGAUUUUGGCUGUAUUGCAGUUUACAUAUGUACAGUUCACUUAACUUUUUAAUAAAUUGAUAUUCCAAUAUUUUAUUGAGCUGGAAAUUAA